CCUCCCUCCGCCCGAACAGAGGGAGAGAGAGACGUUUUCAGGAGAACUGAAGCGGUUGCAGCGUCCCAAUAAGCCAUAACGAGUCUUAUUUGAUAUGGCUUGUGAGGGAAGAAAUGGUCGCACCAUUUAAGGUGGAACGGGAAAAAACUCUGGCAAAGCUGAGGCUAAUUUUAGCUUCGUCUUCUGAUCUGCUUUCCCGCCUUCCUGUAUUAUUCAUAGUGGUAGAGGAUCAGGUGAGGAACGUAACUACAGAAGUAGACACCUCGUCUCUUGGCCUUCCAAAAUCUCAACCAAUAGCCAAUGCUCAAGACCAGAUGCUGGUGGAACAGCUGGCGCUAACAAUCAGAGUGAUUGGCGACCGGCUGGAUCAGGAUCAAGAGUUUAAUGACAUGAUCAACAGAUUAGGACGUGUGGCUGAUAAAAGCAGUUUCUGGAAGCUCGUGGAGAGAGUCUUCAGCAAUGAUGAGAUUAACUGGGGAAGAAUUAUUGUGCUCUUCUACUCCAUUGGAAAGCUGUCAGCGAAGAUGGUACUUGCGCAUUUGCCAGCAGUGUUCACAGAUAUAGUGGCUUUAAGUUUGGAUUACUUCAGGAAAAAACUAUUGCAGUGGAUUUGCAACAUGGGAGGAUGGAUUAACAGUAUUUCAGGAGUGACUCGAUUCUCCAUAGAGCAGUUUUCUGCUUCAUCCUUAAGCAGCAUCCCUCCUUCUGCUGGACUUAUGCUGGUGUUCAUCACUGGAGCGCUGCUGGGUGGGAUCAUUAUGUGGAGACUGAACAGGUGCAACUGAGAGAAACUAAUCAGAAAGAAAGUGAGAGUGAAGAGGGACUGAGGGAACGACCAAGCAGGCAGGCAGACAGCAGAUGAAACAAAUGUGACUUUAGGCAGGGAGCAAUGAGAACAAUCAAGUGCCAAAACAUUACUUUAUUUUAUUGCAGUUAGAUUUACAGGGAGAAUGCACAGUAACGAUCAUGUCUGUAAAUGUGCCAAAUUUUAGCCAAAUUGGCUAUUUUCCAACUGUAGCGCCUGGGCAGGUACAGAAAGAUGACCGACAUUCUCAGAAUUACAUGAAACAUGUAUGACUGAAUGCAAUGUACCAUAUGCAAUAAAGCAUUUGUUUUUAGUUGAUAAAGAAUUAUAAAAUGACGAUAUUACAAAAGGGCAUAUAAUUGUAUAUAAUAUGUAUGUGUCUUAAUCACUGGUUCUCUACAGAGAAUACAUUUCUGCACAUUUUACUACAAUAUAUUGUUAAUGUACUGAAUUUAACAUAUUAAAAAAAAAAUUGACAUGUACAAAAGUUAUUACACAUUUAACAAGGCGAGUUUCAUUUUUCCAAUAUGUUAAACUCUGCAAAUGAAUGGAAAUUGUGCUGUAACAUUUGCAGAAAAGUUUGUUUACUGUAGAGGAUGUGUUGACUUAUUUUGACCUACAACAUCUACAAAACAGCUCAUUUGACUGGGGCUAUUCAGAUUAUGCACACAAACACGAUACACACAGGACGUUCAACAUUUAAUGCUUGUAUUUAUUUCUAUAGAAUAGUUUUAUUGUCUGAUUAAGAAUCUUAAUUAUGAAUUUAUAUUGGUCAUAAAUUGGAGUAAGAGAAUUGCGAAUGCAAUUUAUUAACUAGAAUAGUUUUUGAAUUUUUGAGAGUGACUGAUGUCGUGAUAAGAGUACUGUAAUAUCUCCGUCUGCACUUGUCACAGACCACAACACCAGCGUCUUUUUGUUAGCUUUCAGUCAGCAAGCAGGUGCAACUUCUACCUCAUUCAUAAAUAGAGUACUGUCAUUUGAAUAUAGAUGAAAGCUGUAGAAGAGUUGUCGUUUUUAUUGAUCAUAUUAUUGAUUGAUUUAUAUUAUUCCACUGUAAAAUAGCUAAUGUGUGUUUUUCCUGGUACAGUUGCUAUUUUCACAACCUAAAGAGCAGUUUAGUAACUUGGCCCAUUUGGUUUGGAAUCACUUGAUACAUUUUUUGCUAUUUUAUAUACAUGAAUAACUUCCCCCAAAUGAUAAAUAAUGGUACGUUCUGUUUACAUUAAUGGCCUAGAGUUUUGAUCCACAUUCUCGUUUAUAUGAUUAUAGAUAAUUCAUUGUUAUAGAUAUUUAGUUGUUUUCUAUGUUUCCUGCGCUCUGAUCUGAUGGCAAAUUGAAUAACUUUAUACUCAGCAGCUUAAGUCUCAGUGUUCUACAGCUCUCUCAGUCAUUUAGCUUCAUCUAUAGCUCUCCUCAUCAUUCUGGACACAACUAGCAUUUUUUACAUUUUUAUUUACAGCUUCCUAAAGUCCUACAAAUCAUCCAAAAGCUAAAAGCAGUGAUUCCAAACUUUUGAAUGGUGGUUUACUGUGAGUGGUUUAUGGUAGUGAAGUAGCGUCAAAUAAAAAGAACUUCAUUAUAAGCAUUAUACUAUUAUAUGUAUACUUUGUGAUGCACAGUUAAUAAAGUUAUGUAUGCUUAUGGUAUGUCUGUAUGUAUGUAUGCAUGCUUAGAUCUUGUGUAAUUGCACCACCCCUGAAUUCUGUAUUACUUUAUACUAUUCAAAGAACUUUUUGGAUUUUACUGGGCUUUGCACAGCAGUUUACUUUGCAAUAAAAGAUGAAUAUUUUCUAAAUAAAUGGCCGUAAUAAAA